GCGCUGCGGUUCCCCGAGCCCGGCGCCAUGCUUGUGGUUGUGCCGCAGCAGCCGACGCAUGCUUGCAGCUGUGUUCCGUAAGUGUUGUGUGGUGUUCCCUAGCAUUUAGGUUUCUCGUGUGUUGCAUGUGGCGUUGGUUGUUUGCAAUAUUGCUGCGUUGGAAGCUUCCUCUACGGAUACACGCUGUAAAGACUUGGAAAAGUGCCCACACCGGAGCACGUUGUUGCGCGACAAAAAGCUGCUGUGUACGUCUCAUUCGGCGCGACUGCAGUGUAACAUGCAACUCAGCGACUACGCAAAGUCGCUGCCUGCCCCCAGCGCAGCAGAUACAUCAUCAAAAUCGCGAAAUGCGGCGGAGAUGACCCGUUGGCGCUGUCCGAUGACCACUUUACGAACGAUGUUGCUUUUUAUCCAAGUGUCGACCGUGCGGACAUCAGAGACUAUCUAGUCCACGGGACGAGCUUCGUGACGCGGGAUCAGCUAAAGAGCUAUAAAUCCCUGGAGGCUCAUAAUUACGUCACCAGUGGUCUCGUGGAGCCACCAAGAGUGAAAGUUCGUGAUGGCAACGUCGUCGUCGUUGGAAAGGUCCGCCACUCUCAGGCGUUCAGAGAUAAGCUGCUGCUGCCGUGGCUGUUGAUUAAAGCUGACGGGGAAGUUUUGUGCGCGCACUGUACGUGCAUGGCCGGCCUCGGGGAGGCGUGCUCACACGUUGGUGCAGUGCUCUUUUAUUUGGAGGCUGUUGUGACACGCCGGGAUGGUCAAUCAUGCACAGAUGGGCAAAAUGCAUGGCUACCGCCUCAUCUCGUCAGUCUGGAAUGCCGACCGGUGGCAGAGAUGGACUUCGCGUCUUCCGCAAUGAAAAAACGCCGCCUGGACGACACUGAGGCUGCCCCCCGCGACCCACCAAGUGUUGAAAUGCCCAAGCCGAGAGAGGACGAGAUGUUAAAGUUUUUCUCGUCAUUGAGUAAAUCUGAGGGUAGGCCAGCACUUCUCUCGCUUGCCCAAAAAUUUGCUGACCCCUACAUUCCCUUGGGCUUGAAGUACCCUAAGCUCCUCCUCCGCAAUCUGCAAAGGAAGCAGUGCCCAAUUUCCUUGGAGGAUGUACAGGCAGAAUGCCGUAAUGUCUUGCAGGACCUCUCAAUUGAGCCUGAUGUGUGUGUACUGAUCGAGAAGCAGACAAAGGCCCAAUCUGCAUCCGAGAAGUGGCAUUUAUUUCGGACUGGACGCAUCACAGCUUCAAAUGCAGGAGCGGUAUUUGCAACUUCAUUGACCAAGCCUUCAAAGAGCCUGCUGAAGAGACUGUGCUACCCAGAGGACUGCAAAUUCCAGACUGCAGCAACUCAGUGGGGAAAGAAGAAAGAAGCUGCUGGGAGGGCAGCUUACAUAGAGGCAAUGCAGAAGCACCAUCUAGGCUUUAAGUGUGAAAUGUCUGGCCUCCACAUAAGCAUAGAGCGACCAUUUCUGGCUGCAACUCCUGAUGGCCUUGUACAUUGCAAUUGUUGUGGAGACGGCCUUCUGGAGAUAAAAUGUCCAUACUCUGCAAAAGAUGCACUUAUUUGCGAAAUUCCAGAGCGGCAACGAUCUUAUCUUGUAGUUGAUGGCAGUGAUGCAAAGUUAUUGAGAAACCAUCAUUACUUCAAGCAAGUAAUGAUGCAGAUGUUUGUCUGCAAAAGAAACUACUGCGAUUUUGUAGUAUGGACACAGAAAGAUAUUUUUAUUGAAAGAGUAAUGUUUGAUAAGGAGUUCUGCAACGAAAUUGUGGAUAAGUGUGCAUUGUAUUUUGAACGAGUUCUCCUGCCUGAACUUUGUUUCCGUUAUUGGACCACUGCUGCUGAAGAAGUAGUAGUGGAGCAAAGUGCAGGCAGUCAGGAUGAUAAAUAUUGCCACUGUCAGCAGCCAGAAUAUGGAGACAUGAUUAGGUGUGAUGGGAAGCAUUGCAGUCGACAAUGGUUUCACUUUCAGUGUGUUAAUUUGAAGAGGGCACCUAAAUCGCGGAAAUGGUUUUGUAAUGACUGCAAGAAGUCGUAAAAAAAGUAUUCUUAUUAUCUUAUUAUGGGGUUUUACGUGCCAAAACCACUUUCUGAUUAUGAGGCACGCUGUAGUGGAGGACUCCGGAAAUUUCGACCACCUGGGGUUCUUUAACGUGCACCUAAAUCUAAGCACACGGGUGUUUUCGCAUUUCGCCCCCAUCGAAAUGCGGCCGCCGUGGCCGGGAUUCGAUCCCGCGACCUUGUGCUCAGCAGCCUAACACCAUAGCCACUGAGCAACCACGGCGGGUGUAAAAAAAGUACUGUACAUUUACUAGAUGCUUUGCACUAAGGACACAUGUCAGUCAAAUGGUACAACAGAGUCGCACAGGUUGGUAAGUGCGGCACACACAAAUACAACCUUGUCAAGUGCGCUGACUUUUAUGCCGUUAAGCACCUUCGGCUCCAAAAAUUCAGUGGGAAGAGUGCUUUUGAGAAUGGAGUACUUGUUCCUGACUAACCCAAUAACUCUUUCAACAUGAAUCCUAACAUUUGCUAGCCUACGUGUUGCCUCAACAGAGUAUGCAGUAAGCUGCGGCUUCCCUUUAGUGAAGGCUGGGAUUUCCAGCUUCGCUCCACACAUGCCCACGGCAUCAGAGAUCAAGAAACCCCUGUCAGCCAGCACAGAGUCGCCAGGUAGCAGGUUGCUAAGAAUGCCACACGAUUCUGUCAGCAUUUUGUCACUGGUACGCCCACCCCACCCUCUUGAUAUGUACGUAAUUACACCUUGUGGAGCGAUGCCAAUUAAGUACUUCACGGUGUUUGCAUGCUUGUACGUAGACCAUGUUAAUGAUCUAGGUUCCAUGGCUGAAGGUCUGUCCACAAAGACUUCAAAACAAUCCAGAAUCACAGCUACUUUCUUGCCAAAUGUUUCUUGGAAUGCCAUUGGCAUCGUUCUUUGAAGAUCUUCACGUUCUGGCCAUUUGAUCAGACUGCUGAGCCUAAUGUAAGCAGCAUCAAGCCACCUUUCUACUGUCCUCGUUACGGUUGACUGGUGAAUGCCAAACCUGUAAGAUAAAACUGCUGAGUUGUUAUGUGCUUUAGUAAGUGUUAUUGAAGCUAAUGCAAUAAAGUUCACCAGCACAAAAUGGCUAUUGCAUGCUCAACUGCAGUUCUGCGUAGUGCAGGAACCUUAAUGUUACAAAUGAAUAUAGGUAUGGCUGUUGCCCAGAAUAAAAUACCUGUAUGCAAGAUCUUGUAACGGGACGUUAAGCCGCAACCUCAUUAGGAAAACGACCAUUUCCUGAAAUUUGCUCAGGCGGUUUCGUAAUGUAUGCCUUACAUGAGGCUCAACUAAGAUGUAAACAGCCUCCAAAACUGCAUAAUUUGGCAGCCCUGUGUAAAAAACAACCAUGUCUGGGUUGCUGCGGAGCACAUCCCUGUCUCCAGGGGCUGCCUUUGCCAGGCGACUGCGUGCAAUAUCCAGGUCAUGCUGAAGGCGGUGGUUUUCUUCCUCCAGUGAAGAGAUGUGGGCUGACAGCAGGUCAGCUGUCACCUCUUUGUCUAUCAUGCCUGCAUGAUAAAUUGAAUGUGUGAUGACCAUAUGAAGGGAAAGCACUGGUGUCAACACAAUGUAUAAUGAUGUUACUUGUUUCAGCACCUUUACAUGAGGAUUUUUAUUAUUGUAAUAAAUAAUGACCUUGAA